GCAUUAUAUAAAUAUGCACCCUGAUGUGAUAUGAUGACCGAGCUUCAAAUUGUCGACGACGUAAACAAACCGCGACAGUAUGUCAACGAGGUGACCUACGAGCAAUCCACAACCACCACCCAGUAUACGCCACAAUUCUCAUACGCCUAACAAACGAAUUAUCCAACAAUCAAUUCCCUAGAGAAAUUCCCAACGCCCAAUUCCCCAGAGAAACACAACACCAAUACCACCGAGGCGCAAUCACAACCCUCAAACGCCACGCCCACACCCACACCCACGCCCAACAAUGCCCCCCCUCUCCGUCCCCACCUCCUCCGCCCUCCCCCCCUCCCUCCUCAUCCCCUCCACCGACCCCGCCAUCCCCCGCCUCCUCUCCAAACUCUCCCGACCCGCCCUCCUCUCCCUAACCCUCGACUGGCUCGACGACCGCAACCAGUCCCUCAGCGCGCCCUUCCUCGUCUCCCCGGACGACGACGACGCCGAUGAUCUGCACGCUGGGGACUUCUAUCCUCCUCAUUCCAGCUUGGAGGAUUUGCGCGAGUUCUACACCGAGCUCCAGUCCACGCGGGGAACACGCACCGCACUCCUCGAUCGCCUCUUAACGGGAGAUUACCGCCAUGGCCUCACACUCUACCAACUCGCCAUGGCUGACACGCUGAUCCUGCAAACGCACCCAACAUCGCAAAAAUGGUCCGCCUAUGCACUCACGCCCUCCCAUUCCUCCGUCCCUCCCGUCCCGCGCUUCCACCCACCCACCUUCCUCAAAGCACUACAGCGCGCCCUCCCGCCAGAUAUCAAGGCGCAUUAUAACCUCGAUCGCCCCCCCAGACUCCCGCUUCUUCUAUUAAGAGUCAUGCUCCUCGACACACCAUACGCCACCACCCCCUCCCUCUCGGGCGCAAAAGUGGUCUACGUCGCUUUCCCAGACGCAAGUCCACACAUCUUCCUCUCCGCCGCUUCAUCACCUCCGGCCACCACCACAACCAGCACAAAAGAAAACACAGCCCGCGACCUCAGACGAGCGCUCAUAGCUUGCCUCCCAACCGCCCUCUCGCGACCGAGAGAACGCUACACGUUAGCAUCUACAAACCUCUCCGCCCGCAGUCUCGAAGCGAUGAUCGCGCUCCGCGGCGGAGGACGGACGGGGAAAGCCCAGGGCGGAUGGGGGGGGUAUGCGCUUAGUGGGAAGAAAGCGGGGGAUACGCCGUUGGAAUCCGUGGCUCCUGUGCUUCGCGAGGUUGUUGGGGUGGCGAACAAGAAUGUUGCCGGGGAGGUGGGUAAACUCGUCGGAGGAGGGGGGGAGAAAGAUGGGAAAGAGGAGGAUGAGGUGGAUCUGGUACACAAGGUACUGGAAGGGAGAGGGAGAGGAAUGAAGCGCCCUCUUGAUCCUGGUGCGGAAACUGCGAAACGCCGUCGUCUCAUCGCCGCCGCGCGGUUCGGGGACGUACCCAGUGCGCCGCUUGAACUGGUUGAUGUGAGGAUUGAAGACCCGUUUCCUGGGGAGAAAGAGGGGGGGUGGUGCCCGAGUGUUAGGGUUGCGUUUCGGGGGAGUGAUGUGUUUAAGGGGGUUAGGGCGUUGGUGGAGAGGGGGGUUGUGGAGGGGGAGAGGAUGCCGGGGUGGAUGACGGGGGAGGGAGGGGUGAGUGGGGGGGUUGUGAGGGGGGGGAGGGUUGGGGGGUGA